UCCGUAUGUUCUUCCGAUGAAGCAAAUCUGCGAUGGGCUCUACAAACUGGGAUCCGUGGAUUCCGUGUAAUUCCAAUAUUCCAAUUUAUUCAGGUCCUAUACUACGUCGUUCUUUUAGAGUACCUAGCCACUAUCUCUUCCAGACGAUGGAGAUCUGUUCAUCCGGCCUGACUCGCUCGAGGUUGAGCCGAGUUCCCCUAACACGAAUCUGAUACGAGCCCGGUGGAAUGGGCAACUUGUUGUAGUGAAAAGGAUGGCUUUAGAUGUAUCAGAAGAGAUGCUAGAAGCUCAUGCCAUACAUUGGCGUAGUUGUGUACACCCUCACGUCUCCAGAAUAUGCGGAAUAGCAGAUCGUGCCUCGGAUCCUCUCUUCAUCGUUAUGCCUUUCUAUGAUCUUGGAAACAUUCAUCACUACCUGGCUCAGAACCCACAGUCUAAUCGUCAACAAAUGGUUUUCGAGGCCGCGUCUGGAAUGCAGUACUUACACAAGAACGGUCUGAUACAUGGAAACCUUCACCCAGCGAAUAUCUUUAUAACAAAUGACGGACACGUCAAUAUCUCCGAGUAUAGCAUGUUCGCGUUUCAACAUACUUCUAGGCAUCCCCAAGCCUACCAAUAUUUAAGCCCCGAAUCCUUGAAAGGAACUAGCCCUCGCUCCCGAGCAUCUGACGUCUAUUCUUUUGCAAUGUGUGCACUGGAGAUUUUUACUUCGGUAUCACCUUGGGGUGCUCUUUCUGAAAAACACAUUUAUCAUCUAGUCGUCCUUGAAAACUCCCGACCGGAUCGACCGGAUGAUCACCGGAUUACAGAUGAUUUAUGGAAUAUCAUCGAUUCGGCAUGGCAUCAGGAACCUCGUAGCCGUCCGACUUUUGAUUUUAUCGUCAGGCUCUGGCGAGCCAGUAGUAGCCAGGCUGAUAUUCCACCCCAUGCAGAAACUACCUCUCUUUCACCGGUAUAUCCUUCUCGUUUCUCAGUCGCCUCUAACUAUAGUGGGCCUCCAGCUUACGAACUCGAAGAGGCACAGACCCCAAUGUCUGCUCCACCUACGCUCCAACAGUUCUCCUUCCACAGGGUGGGAUCUACUUCUAGCCGCCAGGAAAUCCCGCCUGCUGCGCAUUAUUAUAGUUGGUAUUCGUCGACAGCGGGUAGCCGAGUCGAUGAUGAAACUGGUGGGCCAUCUCAACCCAGUCCACCUAAUACUGCACCAGCAGCAGUCCAACAGUUUCCGGCCAAUGUAGAGCCUCCCAGUCCUCUGAUACGCCCACCGUCGCCCAGCUACAGCUGGUAUUCUUCCUUGAUCCCCAGUACGGAGCGAUCUUCAGGAAGUUCUUCCUCAAGUCGCUCAGUCGACACUCCUAUUACUUCUCCCGACUCUUCGCCAUCUGCACGCAGAUCUCGUACUCGAAAGGGAGGUUCUACCAAACGCACGUGAAGCUCUCCCUCGAGUUGACUCACAAAGGCCUCGAGAUUCGUACACUCGGCGGUGGGAAUUAAGUCAAAGGCCAUACAAUCCUGGACGACAGGAAUCCUUUUCAGACGUAGUGUCGAUUCGCACUGAAUCAAGCGGGUCCAGGAGUACCAAAGGGCGAACUACCGCAGUUUUACUGAUUGGUGCAUUACAAACUGAGCUGAAUAGCA